GGCCAUAUAUCGGUGUGGGUGGGUCUCCCAGAUCUCAUCGUCAAACCCACGUUUCGGAAAAGCAAAAUGAUAAUCACCGCGUUUCUAGUGGAGCCUUACCUAGACAUCCGAAUGGGGAUCAACCGCCCUGGAUCGCCAUCAACCGCCGAGAACUCGGCAUAUCAGCCCUUCUCCAGACCGUAUCGCGGCAUGCCGUCUGCGCUUGCCAUUCCCGAGAAUGGGCCGCAUCUUCAACCCCCCGAUCCAACAUCAUACGAUAUCUAGAAGAAGUAGUUUCUCUUAGUCUCGGUGAUCCCGUCUUGCACGGACUCUAUCAGCAUGCCUUGAAGGUAACCAGAAGGACCAUUCCAAACGAGGAGCUACCCUCCUUAUUGCUGUCGUCAACCGCAGCAUCCUCAAUAUUCAGCUCGAACCAUCUGGACUUACGAUGCUAUGGAGAUGGCAACCGCCCUAACGCCACGUCCGUCUACCUUCCACAGCGCCACGAAAAAAGCCUUAGAACCUGUG